UUAUAAAGCGAGCAUGCGAGUGAGGGAGAGAAAGGGAAAAUAGAAGUGAGUGAGCAAGAGAGCUCACCGUCUAUCGCGCACCCAUCAGCCAUGUUGAAAAGAGCAAGAGAGAAAGAGAGAGGGAUAAUUUGACAUUUCCAAAGGGUGUGGAGUUUCGGAGCUUCGUCAGCGAAGUGUUUUUCUCCGGAUUUUGCGGUCUUUCGUGACCGACGGAUUAUUCUUAUUUCGUGUCAGAAACACUGUUCCAAGAGUAUUUCAAAACGGCAUAAUUAUGACAGCGGACAAAGUAACGUUGGGCGAUGCUCUGUCCAACGUUGAUGUUUUGGAUGAAUUUACACUUCCCGAUGAACAACCCUGCAUCGAAGCACAGCCUUGUUCGGUUGUCUACCAGGCAAAUUUUGACACAAAUUUUGAAGAUAGAAAUGGUUUUGUCACUGGCAUUGCCAAGUACAUCGAAGAAGCAACGGUUCAUGCCAGCUUGAAUGAGCUACUAGAAGAAGGUUUGGAGCACGCCGUCAUGUUAUACACUUGGAGAUGUUGUUCACGUGCAAUACCACAACCAAAAUCCAAUGAGCAGCCUAACAGGGUGGAAAUUUAUGAAAAAACUGUUGAAGUAUUGGCACCGGAAGUGAACAAAUUACUCAACUUUAUGUAUUUCCAGAGAAAAGCCAUUGAACGUUUUUCCGCAGAAGUCAAGCGGCUUUGUCAUCAUGAGAAAAGGAAAGAUUUUGUUUCAGAGGCGUAUCUCCUAACACUCGGUAAAUUUAUAAACAUGUUUGCGGUACUCGACGAACUCAAGAACAUGAAAUCCAGUGUCAAAAACGAUUAUUCCACAUACAGAAGAGCUGCUCAAUUUUUAAAAGUCAUGUCAGAUUCACAAACUCUUCAAGAGUCUCAAAAUCUGUCAAUGUUUUUGGCAACUCAGAACAAAAUUCGUGACACAGUAAAGGAAAAUUUGGAAAAAAUCAAUGGAUACGAAGAGCUUUUGGCUGACGUGGUGAACAUUUGCGUGCACAUGUUCGAAACAAAAAUGUAUUUGACACCAAACGAGAAGCACAUGCUCGUGAAAGUGAUGGGUUUCGGUUUGUUCCUUAUGGACAGUGAAUUGUGCAAUAUAAACAAACUCGAUCAAAAGAAAAAAUUGAAAUUGGACAGGAUCGAUAGGAUUUUUAAGAAUCUCGAAGUCGUGCCUCUUUUCGGUGACAUGCAGAUAGCACCGUUCAAUUAUAUCAAAAGAUCGAAACAUUUUGAUGCUUCCCGGUGGCCCUUGUCCGCCUCUUCGAACAGUAUGAGCCCGCAGGCAGAUCUCAUGGUUCAUUUGCCACAAAUUCGAGAAGAUCAUGUCAAAUAUAUAAGCGAAUUGGCUCGGUAUAGCAACGAAGUUAGCACAACUUACAAGGAGUGUGGCAGCGACACGGAAAAUCGAGAAACCGCUGAAUUGGCGUUGAGAGGAUUACAGCUGUUAUCACAGUGGACGAGUGUAGUGACGGAACUCUACAGCUGGAAACUCCUUCAUCCUACUGAUCAUCAUAUGAACAAAGAAUGUCCCCAAGAAGCAGAGGAAUAUGAAAGGGCAACUCGUUACAAUUACACAGACGAAGAGAAAUUCGCUCUGAUCGAAGUGAUCGCCAUGAUAAAAGGUCUGCAGGUUCUAAUGGCUCGAAUAGAAACUGUUUUCAUCGAUGCUAUUCGCCGAAAUAUUUAUGCCGAACUUCAAGACUUCGUGCAACUUAUUCUUCGUGAACCCUUGAGAAAAGCUAUUAAAAACAAGAAAGACUUGAUCAGAAGCAUCAUAGUGUCUGUAAGAGAGACUUGUGCAGAUUGGCAUUUUGGUGUCGAGCCACUUAGCGAUCCUGCGCUCAAAGGAAAAAAAGAUCCAGAUAAUGGUUUCGGGAUCAAAGUUCCGAGAAGAAACGUCGGACCGUCCUCAACACAACUCUACAUGGUGCGAACGAUGUUGGAAUCACUCAUAGCCGAUAAAAGCGGAGGAAAACGUACACUACGAAAAGAUAUUGAUGGCCAAUAUCUCGUACAAAUCGAUCAAUUCCACAAAACGAGCUUUUACUGGGGUUACCUUCUGAACUUUAGUGAAUCGCUGCAGAAUUGUUGCGACCUUUCGCAACUUUGGUACCGCGAGUUUUACCUGGAAAUGACGAUGGGUCGGAAAAUACAGAAAUGCCAAGUGCGCCACCAGCACAACGAGGAGUGCAGCGACUUGAUCACCAUGGAAAAACGCAUUCAGUUCCCCAUUGAGAUGUCGAUGCCCUGGAUUCUCACGGAUCAUAUCUUGCGAAGCAAAGAACCAUCGAUGAUGGAGUACGUUCUCUACCCUCUCGAUUUGUACAACGACAGCGCUCUCUACGCCCUCACGAUAUUCCGGAAACAAUUCCUUUAUGACGAGGUUGAGGCCGAGGUCAAUCUGUGCUUCGAUCAAUUCGUCUAUAAACUGAGCGAGCAGAUAUUCGCCCACUACAAACAACUAGCAGCAAGUAUAUUGUUGGACAAAAGAUUUCGCGUCGAGUGCGUCGCCCUCGGAGCGUAUUUGUUGCCGUAUCCUCGCGCCAACAGAUACGAGACUCUACUCAAACAGAGACACGUACAACUUUUGGGAAGGAGUAUCGACCUCAACAAACUCAUAACUCAACGAAUAAACGCAGACAUGCAAAAAUCACUGGAUUUAGCGAUAAGCAAAUUCGAAUCUGGCGAUAUAACUGGUGUCGUGGAACUCGAUGGACUACUGCAAGUCAAUCGAUUAACUCACAAACUAUUGAGCAAGUGGUUAGCUCUUGACGAGUACGACGCAAUGUUUCGUGAAGCUAAUCACAAUGUUCUCGCACCCUAUGGUCGCAUCACGCUUCAUGUAUUCUGGGAGCUCAAUUACGAUUUCCUGCCAAAUUAUUGCUACAAUGCUGCGACGAGCAGAUUCGUCAAAUGUCGUGGAUUACAGUUCGUGCAGCCGGUACAACGAGACAAACCGCCACAAAUGUCGCACCACUAUCUGUGGGGAAGCAAACAAUUGAAUUUGUCAUACAGUACGCAAUACGGACAGUACACGGGUUUCGUCGGCCCAUAUCAUUUUCGUACAAUGUGCAAACUUCUCGGCUACCAAGGAAUAGCUGUUGUUAUGGAAGAACUUUUGAAAAUUGUCAAGUCCUUGAUACAAGGGAGUUUGCUGCAAUUCACUAAAACUCUUAUGGAAGCUAUGCCCAAAGUUUGCAAAUUGCCUCGUUACGAUUAUGGCUCGCCCGGUGUUCUGGGUUAUUAUCAUGCUCAACUCAACGAUAUUGUACAAUAUCCUGAUGCAAAGACGGAGCUGUUCCACAAUUUUCGUGAAUUUGGAAAUACCAUACUCUUCUGUUUGCUGAUGGAGCAGGCACUCUCGCAAGAAGAAGUUUGCGAUCUUAUGCACGCGGCACCUUUCCAGAAUAUACUUCCAAGACCACACUGCAAGGAGGGUGAGAAACCUGAGACUAAACAGAAAAGAUUAGAGGCCAAGUAUGCGGCUCUUCAAAUCGUACCGAACGUAGACAAGCUUGGAACAGCGAAGCAAGCCAUGAUUGCCAGAGAAGGAGAUCUGUUAACGCGUGAACGAUUGUGUUGUGGAUUAUCGAUUUUUGAAGUGGUACUCAGCAGAUUACGAAGCUUCCUCGACGAUCCGAUCUGGGUCGGUCCACCGCCCGCGAAUGGAGUAAUGAACAUUGACGAGUGCACAGAAUUUCACCGGCUUUGGAGCGCUUUGCAAUUCGUCUAUUGCAUUCCAGUAGGAGAUACCGAGUUCACGGUCGAAGAAUUAUUUGGCGAGGGUCUACAUUGGGCAGGUUGUGCAAUGGUCGUUCUGCUUGGUCAGCAGAGAAGGUUCGAGGCUCUCGAUUUUUGUUAUCAUAUUCUGAGAGUACAACGAGUCGAUGGGAAAGAUGAAAAUGUCAAGGGAAUCCAUUUGAAAAGAAUGGUCGAUCGAAUCAGACGCUUCCAAGUUUUGAACUCACAGAUUUUUGCUGUACUGAAUAAAUACCUAAAAAGUGGUGACAGUGACGCAACGAGUGUGGAGCAUGUCCGCUGUUUUCCACCGCCAAUCCAUCCAUCACUCGCGCAUUCCCAGCCGCAGCAUUAUCACGCACCCGAAUACCUACGCCAAAUCAAUCAUCAAUAAGAUACAAGCACGCGUUUCUUUUUUCUGCCUUCACGACGUCUUCGCAAUGAGAUUUUUUCUGAUCGAAGAGCAUGAAGGGCAUGAAAAAAUCGCUCACCUUUUUUUGUACAACUAUUUUUUUAAUGCAACAUUUGUUGAUUCUAGACUAUCUCAAACUCGUCAAUUUUGUUGCGCUUUCGUAGAAUUUCUCGCCCGGUAUUGCACCAACGAUACUUUCCAUGUAAAGACAAUUAUCGAUCAAAUAUGAUUAUAGUUCAAUUACGUUUAUCGACGAGCACCAGCAUAAAUAUUUUUCUUAGUGACGCACUACGAGGCUAUUUCCUCGUACUCAUGGCUUGAGCAAAACUUCCGGUCGAUCUGAAUUUUGUCAUUCCAUAAAUCGGGAGUUUCUGACUUCUGGUUCAUACUCAAUUUUUGAUUCUUAUCAUGGAACAUCUUUUAUUUCAUUACGUUACAAGCCACAAAGUAGUUUAAGUCGUUUAAGCUGAAGAGAAACAUUGUCGAUCGACGAUACACAAAACAACGUGUAUUUUAAUUUAUACAAACAAAUCGUUAUUGUAAUAGGAUAUUUAUGCGUAAUUUUCGUAUCGCUGAUUCAUUGAUAAAAGAAUAACGCCGUUCGUACGGAAUCGGGCAGACGUUGAACAAAGAGGCAGUGAAAAAAUAUAAUCAAGAACAAUGACGUUACAGUAUUUAUUGAAGGCCAAAAGCAAUGAAAGAUUCGAGAAUUAACGAUAAACUCGCGAUUCUGGCUUUUGUAAGGAAAACUGAAAAAAAACGGAAAAAAAGAAGAAGAAUAUAAGUCAGGUUCUUGCGAUAAAUUCAACA